AUGAAGUUGGAUAAGAAAACGAUCAGGCCUUUCACCUCACCUCUAGUAAGCUUUACAAGGGAUAGAAUCGUCCCUAGAGGCAUCAUCACUCUAAUUGUGAUCGCAGGAACUUACCCAACUCAAGUCACCAAGGAAAUUGAUUUCCUCAUAGUUGAUUACCCUUUAACAUACAACAUCAUCUUGGGAAGACUUGCACUUAACAGACUAAAAGCAGUAACGUCAACAUAUCACUUGAAGGUGAAGUUUCCAACAGCCUAUAGAGUAGGAGAAAUCAAAGGAGACCAAGUUCUGGCAAGAGUGUUCUAUCAAGCUGCCCUAGCAUUGGGAGAAAACCACAUAUGGGUGAUUAAUGAACCAAAACCCAUUCCCAAACCAUCAAAAACACCACAAGAAGUUGAGAUCGUCCCAAGAGAUUCGACGAAGGUAUUGAAGAUCGGAACAACACUCUUAGCCUCAGAGAAAGAGAAAAUGAUCUCCUUCCUAAGGGCAAACCAAGAUGUUUUUGCUUGGAAACAUAAGGGUAUACCCGGGAUUGAUAGGAAGAUUAUACAAUAUCGUCUCAAUGUUAACCUAGAGUGUAAACCUUUGCAACAAAAACGGAGAAUAUUUGCACCAGAACGCAACAAAGUUGUGACUGAAGAAGUAGAUAAGCUACUAGAGGAUGAUUUCAUCAGGGAGGUAUUCUAUCCAGAUUGGCUAGCAAAUGUGGUUAUGGUAAAGAAAAGCAACAGCAAGUGGAGAAUGUGCAUUUAUUUCACAGACCUGAAUAAGGCCUGCCCAAAAGACAGUUUCCCUUUAACAAGGAUUGACUAG